GCGCCCUUACUGUUCAUUAAAAUUGUAAGACUGACCCUAAGACCAUUUGGUGGGUUAAAAUGGCAAAGGGGAUACACUCCGGUUUUUCAGAGUUAACUCAUUAUAAAGAUGGCUGUAGCUUUACCAGGGAGGAGAAUCCGUGAUAUUAACUGCCGUCCUGGAGGGACUUCAUUAGAGGAUGGAAUAUAAACAGUAUAUUUAAGAUCCAGGAGCAUAAAAAGCUCCCGGCCUGCUUUGUAGGCUAUGGCAACUGCCUCACAGGGCGUUCUGUGGAGCCCUCACCUCACACACAAAAGCUGAGCAGGGAAGGGGGUUGGUGAUUCUUACCUAUUGGAACUGGAUGACACACUUGCAGGCCAAGGAGACCUGAGCUUUUGUGAAGUUCCAGCCAGCAAGUUGCAUCAAGGUUUUAGAUGGCAGAGCUUGGCAUUGUGCCUUCAUCACAUGUCUGGAUGAGAUGUGUGCUGGUGGUAAAUGUGUCCUACUGGGCCCCAGGGCCCUCCUAGGUUGGUUAACUUAUUUUAUGGGUUGGUGCUAAGAUGUUUCUAGUGUGCUGGAAUAGUGCCUGCAUCAACAGCUUGCCUGGAACCCAAGAUUGAAAUAAAGCUUUCCUUUGACUGUUCUUCAGCUUUGAAAUUGAUGGAUAUAAACAUAGUGUAAAGGCAAGUUUUGAAUUCUGGUUAAAAUACUUCUCUAGAAAACUUGAGAGGGGGUAGUGAAAAAAAUAUUUAAUGAUGCUCUUCUUGCUGCAUCAGUCGUGCUGAAAUAAAUGAAGGGAAUCUUCAGACUAACUUCCAUCAUCACUUUUUCUUAUUAUAAAUUAUUUUUUUUAACUCCACCUGUCACUUAAGGGCAAUUCUUUUCCCCUUCUGGAAUUAAAAUAGAGUUGUUUAUAGUUGAAAGCAUUGAGGUUCUCUCUCCCCACCUGUCUGAUUUUAGCAGCUGAAGGGAUUAAUACAGCUGCUAGAAAAGAAAAAGGAGGGGGCCUCUAAGCUAGUGAACAAGCUAUAUGAAAUCCUUGAAGUACAAGGGACUUAAUGGAAGGAAAAAUAAAGGACUGGUCUCUAAAGAUCCAGUGCUAACCAAAAUCUUACUGAACAAUUUGAUUUUACAAAUGUGGAGACUGAAAUAAAGAUGAAUUUAGAAUAAUCUGGUUUCAAGCCUCAUGCCAUUUGCUUCUGAAGUCAUCCUGGAGUGCUGUUAAGCUUAUUUCUGAAUAGUUUGAGCUUGCACAAUAGGUUUAGUAAUACUAAGGGAGUGCCAGUGGUAAAACUCUGAAUUUUUUCUAUAACUGUAACUAAGUAAUUAUUAUAACGAAUGCAGAAACUAGCCCAAGGAAUUGGUUAUGGUGUCUAAAGCAAGUAAAUUGGGCCUUAUCCCAUCUUGAAGUCCAGUCAGAGGAAAACAUUCUAAAUUUCAAAUUCUGAUUCAUAUGUUUGGAGGCAUUUGCACUGUAGUCGUAAGACUUUGACCUACCAACUCUCCAGGAAAAACUGGUUGAGCCACCUGUCCUUUCUGUAGUAGGAUACUGUAACAAUUUUAGAAUUACUGGUUGAAUUGUGAAUUUGUAUCAUUCAGAAAAUCUUUUACUGAGCUUUACUCUAGUACUGAACAUUGGUCUAUUUUGGCAGAAUGACAUACUUAUCCAGAUUAAGGGGUGGAGAGCCAGUGUAUUCUCCACUCCAGUUCCCUACUUCCAAAAUAGAACCACAGUCUGGUUUAACAAGUUGGGCUACAGUUUCAUAAUACAACCCCUACCCUGUGACUAAGCUCUCGCCCUGGCAGUCUAAUUCAUCUUAAAUUGAUGUCUGAAGAGCUAACAAUACCUAGGAAGGUGUGUAGGCAUUAUGAAGUACCACCCAUUUGUGGUUGGUUUUUUGCUUGUUUGUUUUGGGUGAGUAGGUAAACUGAGGCAUAGGGAGGCAAAGUGACUUAGUAUUUAAUACUUCACAUAAAAUUGUAUGUCGACACCACCUUCCUAAAACUUUAUUCUAAGAGUCAGAUUUUUCUUGACCUAGUGAAAGCCUGAGCAUAUAAAGACGUGGUUUGUUUUGGUGGGGGUGGGGGGGAGUUCUUUUUUUCAUUCAGUUCCGACUCCCCAUAAUUAUCACCACUCACUGCCUUCCUUGUUCCAAUUUUCAGUAUCUGUUUCAGUUAGUUCAUGAUCCUUGACAGUAGAACAGCUAUUCUGUUGGUAUUCUAUGGCCUGUAAGAAAGCCUUUGGGUUCAUUCAAGGAGGGAAGGGAGGGCACAUCUGGGAAAGGGUAGAAAGCAUGCUGUUCCCAACCCACUCCUAGGCCUGUGCUCCCCAUUUAGAGACUAAUAGGCUGCUUAGACUGUUAUCUCCACUUUAAAAUAGUUUGCUUGUGGGGGGGGGGGUAGAACAUGGGAAAUGUGGGAGAUGGGGAGAGGGAUGUAUUCUUACUCGACCACCGAAGUAUGUUUGGGGAAGGUUGCUGUUGCCUGUCACCUUUGUCUAAUCCUGUGUGGUGACUUUCAUUCUCGGAUUAAAAAUUCCUUGUUUCCUGUGAGGCAUGUUGUACCAAGUUGGGCUUCAUAACUCACCUUUGUUUUUUUCCUUCCCUUUCCUUCUUUAUCCCCUUUUUUGCUUUCCUCCUCCAGCUGUGCUUCCUGUGUCUUCAGCCUUGAGUGUCACUGCUGCCUUAGGGCAGCCUGAAUCUACCCUUUCCCCUCCUUGCUCCCUGGCCCCCCAACAAUGCCCUCUGGCAACCCCUAACCAGCCUUCCCCAUUCCUUUCUCCCUCUAGUGUUGUCUCAACCCCUUUUGAAGCUCCUUUUCCCCAGUCAUCCUCUGGAACAGCCCUGCCUUUGGGAGUUUCCCCUUCCCCCAGUGAUACCCCAACUUUCCUACCAAACCUGAUAGGGCCUCCCAUCUCCCCAGCUGCCUUAGCUCUGGCCUCUCCCAUGAUAACUCCAACUGUGAAAGGUGCCCAUUCCUCUUCAGCUCCCUUGGCUCUAGUGGCUUUGGCUCCGCACUCAGUUCAGAAGAGCUCUGCUUAUCCACUUAACCCUCUUAGUUCACCUCCUUUGAUUGCUGUGACUGAGUCAGGGUCAGUGACAUCUCUGUCUGCUCCCAUUGUUUCCUCAGAACCAAAGACCUCUCCUAUCCAAGCUCCUGUGCAAGUAGGCCCUAACUCAAAAGGCAUCCCCAUCCCUCCAGGUAUAGUCAGUGCUGUUCCUUCCCAUCUUGGAACUCCCUUGGCCUCUGUUCAGUGUGGAGUAGCCUCAUGUCCUCAAAUGCCACCCAUCACUCCCCCUCAGUUCAAAGACAUCCCUGUUUGCUCACAAAACCCUGAAGGUGUCAGCCUAAAGGGACCCCUUAGUUCACCUGCUGCGUUAUCUCUUUCCACCCAGUCUGUAUCUAUGGCUCCCAGCGUCCCUCCAGUUUUCCUCACUUCUCUAGGCUCUCAUCUUGCACCUUUACAUCAGAGUUCUCUUGGUUCUCCUAUUCGGCCCUUAGGUCAGACAGGCCCUAAUGUUCUGUCAAAUCCUAAAGUAGAUGCCGUUUCUGCAGAUCAUUCUCCCGUAGGGGCCUCUUACCCCUCUCAGAUUCCUCCCCUUCCUUCCAGAAAUGAGGUGGCUCCUGCUGCUGUGGCUGCUUUUCCAGUGGGGGCUCCAGCUACCCCUCUAGCUCUUUCUGUUGAGAAAGACCCCUCUGCCAUCACUGGCGUAGCUUCCUUCAGCCCUUCUGGCUCAUCAAAUGUAGCUACCUCUUCUCCAUUAUCUCCCACAGCCUCUCUCAUUCCGAAAGGCUCUCCUAAUGCCACUCAUCAUCAGCCUUUGGUGGCCCAAAUUCCUUCUCCUCCAGGGAGUCCAAGCUUGAAAGAAGCUCCUGUUUGUUCUGUUGGAACCAUCCCAUUUGUUAUGACUAACCCCUCUACAGUUUCUGCGGCACCUACUACCUUUGAGGUAGCUACUUGUAUGUCACCUCCAGUUUCUUCAGGCCCCUUAAGUAGUAAGGACUCAGCUUCCCAUACUGCCUUGGUUAUGGCUCCUGUGGCUCCCAGAGUGCUUUCUACUCCUCAAGUAACCCCUCUGGGAAUACCAGUCCCUCCUCCUCUGUCAGCCUCUGAGAACCCCAAAAGUCUCCCUGCAUCAGCAUUGGUAAAGUUACCAACACAAAAAGAUACCCAAAUUGAACCUCCCUCUCCUACUGGAGCCCCUGUUUCCCCAGCACAGGCAGGACUCCCUACCAAGAAAGACUCUACUCUAAUACCAUUGGCCCUGGCAACCCCUAAAAAUCCCCCCUCUCCCCAAAGUAUAUCAUCAUCUCUGGAGAUAGCUCUUUCUCCUGAAGCCACUUUAGCAAAGAAAAGCCUUGUAGAGCCUCUCUCUGUAGUUACGCCAGCCAGUACUGCUCCCUCUCCUCUGGGUGUUAACUCCCCAGCUUCUAUAAUCAAGACAGAUCCUUGUGCAAGUCCAUACCCCACUAGUCAGCUUCUCAAAAGUUCUCUCACUACGCCAAACAUAGCUACAUUUCCUCUGGAACAUGCUGCUACUGCAGGAGUGGCUCCUACAAUUACCAAGGGUACCUCCACUCCUGCCACUACAGCCAGCCCUUUCCUAGGAGAUGUCUCUUUAGCUCAUAAAAGCCACCCAGAUAAGAAGAGUAGUUCCACUCUUACUAUUUUACCUUUGGUUCCUCCAGCCUCUGAAAGUUGCCCUGUGGCUCCAACUGUGACUUUAUCCCCCCAGAAUGCUUCUGCUUUUCCAGUUGCCAUGGCACUAGCCCCUGAUAUUCCCAAGUCUGAGCCGUUUCCCUCUCUUCCUCCUCAAGGUGCAAAGAAAGCUCACAGUAUUUCUCAUACCUCUGCGUUGGCACCUGUAGCUUCCUCUCCUGAAGGGCACCCAACCAAGGACUCUGGUACUUCAGUUAAUGCAUCUUCUGAAGGAGCUUACUUAGCUGACUCUCCAUCUCCUUUAGGGACUAGUGUGUCUCCUCAAACUAAAAGAUGUCCAACCAAGAAGGGUUCAACUCCUUCUAUGACUUUAACUCUUUCUCCUCUUUCAAAAAGUGUUCCUGCUAUCCCUGAUAUUCCUGCUGGAAAUCACUCAUCCCCUAUUUCUCCAAUUGAAGCUUCCUUUCUUCCAGAGGCCAGUCUUUCUUUUCAAGUCCCUAAAGGGUCACUGGCCAAGAAGCAUUCCCCCACUCCAUCCCCCAAAGAGACCCCAGAUACCCCAUCGCCCAAAGAGGCCCUCACUCCCUUCACUCCAGCUGUGGUUCCUUCCUCCACCAAAGGAGGCCCAGCAAUCUCAUCCCCCAAAAAGUCGCAAGCAGCCCCAGCCCCCAGAAGAGCCCCAGCUACUCAGUCUCCCAAAGGGACCCCCACUGCCUCAGCUGUGGCUCCUCCCUCCCCCAAAGAAUCCCAAGCAACUCAAGCCACCAAAAGAGCCCCAGCUACUCCAUCUCCCAAAGGGGCCCCCACUGCCCCAGCUGUGGCUCCUUCCUCCCCCAAAGGCGGCCCAGCAACCCUAUCCCCUAAAGAGAUCUCCACUCUCCCGGCUAUGACUCCUUCCUCCCCCAAAGAGGCCCCAGCUACCCAACCUCCCAAA